AUGACAGAAAAAGGAUAUUCGCGUCUUUCUCGAACUCUUCAAGUAAUAGCUUUUGUUUGUUUGCACACAAUCACAUAUGGAGCUUUAAAUUUGCACUUGAAUCCUCGUUUGCUGGCAUCGACUGGUGUCGUAAACAAAAAUAUUCCUGAUUGGAUGAGCUAUGUGUAUAUUCUGAUGCAUGCAUUUCAGUUGUUUCUGACGUAUCACUUCAACUUGGGUAUUAGCUGGUAUUUGAUCGCAAAGUAUCCCUUGUAUAUUCUAUUGUCCACAUACUAUCUCGUGUCUCUUAGGCAAAUUUCUUGGUCAUUUGCUAUCGAUGCGCUGUCCUUGCUGGCUGCUCGUGCAGGCACUAAUAUCUUGCAUCCUCGGCUCUCUCGUGAUCGCAAAUCGCGUACCAGUAUCACCAUCUUAUUUACAUUCAUGGCUAGUGUCUUGAUUAGCGUGCUUAAUUAUUCUACUCAAAAACUGUAUCUCAACUCAAUUAUCCUUGGUAAUGUUCGCGACGUUGUUACUAGCUUGAUUGCUCCUCCUCUUCCAUUACAGUAUAUUGCACAUAUUCCUAUUGGUUAUGUUUUGCAAAAACUUGUCUUUGAGAAGAGAAAUUUGCUUCAGUCCCUUGCAUUAAUGGUAUUCUUUUCCAUCUGGAAUUGCGCCGUUCCCUUUACCCUUUUGUUUUCUCCCCACUGGAUUCCUAUGUGUCAAGUACUGUUAACUUAUAUAAGCCAAGCUACGAUUGUGGUGCUUAUCUGCUGGGCUAUUUCUCUAUAA